GCACCGCGGCAACAGCACUGCACUCAAGGGCGAAGGGAAACCAACAUGCUAGUGUGGGUGUGUUAUAACCAGGGAGCUCCCGUUGCCGUGGAGAUCGAGGACGAGGCCAAAGUCUGCGAUCUGAAACGAGAGGUCGGAGGUCGUCUGGGUGUCCAAUCGGAUCGUCUCAGGGUCUUGUUUGCUGGAAGAGAGCUGCUCAAUGGUGCCACACUCAGGAGUUGUGACCUCCUGGAGCAGAGUACAGUUCAUGUGGUUCUGCCCCGGACCAACCCCAGACCUCCAGACCAGGAUCUAAACCAGGGUCCAGACCAGGAUCAAAACCAGGAUCUAAACCAGGGUCCAGUCCAGGCUCCAGUCCAGAGUCUAAACCAGGACUACGUGAGUCUGACCCGUGUGGACCUGAGCCCUCCUGAAGACCCAGAGUCCAGAGACCAACCACAGGAGCUGAGGGCAGAUGAGGAGAGCAGAGGGCGCAGUUCAUUCUUCGUCUUCUGUAAACGCUGUGGAGGAGUGAGAGAAGGGAAGCUCAGAGUCUGCUGCAAAACCUGCCAACAGUCCACCCUCACUCUCACACAGGGCCCCUCCUGCUGGGACGAUGUGCAGGUUCCAGGUCGGAUCAGAGGAGUUUGUCUCUCAGACGGCUGCAGCGGAGGAGACGCGGAGUUCUUCUUCAAAUGUGCAUCUCACCCGACCUCCCAGGACGAGCGCUCUGUGGCUCUGGACCUGGUGACUCUGAACAGCCGAAAGGUCCCCUGCAUCGCCUGCAUGGACGUCCUGGACGUGGUGGUGGUCUUCCCCUGUGUUGCACGUCAUGUGAUCUGUCUGGACUGUUUCCGUGGUUACGCUCAGACGCGACUAAACGAGAGGCAGUUUGUUUACCACCAGGAGCUCGGGUACACACUGCCCUGUCCUGCCGGUUGUGAAGACUCUCUGAUCAAAGAGCUUCAUCAUUUUAGGAUCAUGGGACAAGAGCAGUACGACCGAUACCUCCGCUUCGGUGCAGAGCAGUGCUUACUCGGGCUCGGUGGUCUGCUGUGUCCCGGGGCCGGGUGUGGGGCGGGGCUGGUGGCACAGGGACGGAGGGUAGAGUGUGAUGUCAGAGCUGGGUGUGGCCUUGUGUUCUGUAGAGACUGUCGCCAGGACUACCACCAGGGGGCUUGUCCUACUGCAGAAGGGGCGGGAACUGAUGCACAAGCUCCGCCCACUCAACAGAGUUUCCCUUUGGACAGCGAGGCGUCUCUGCAGGCACGCUGGGACAGAGACUCACUGCUGUUUAUCAAAGAAUCCACCAAACCCUGUCCCCAGUGCUCCGCUCCAGUGCAGAAGAACGGAGGCUGCAGUCACAUGCACUGUCCUCUGUGUCAGGCCGAGUGGUGCUGGGUCUGUGCCCUGCCCUGGAGCAGAGACUGUAUGGGGAACCACUGGUUUGAAUGAACUCUACUAUAACAUCUCUACAUCAGCCACUUCUCUUAGAUAUAAAUGUAUCAUAUUAUAUCAACCACUGUGUUUGAUUAGGACCACUUUGAUGUACCACUGCUCUCAAAGACUUCUGAGGGAGAAAGACAGAAAUGUAACUGAAUGUGCACACAUACCUACCAUUUAUUAGGGAUGUAACAAUAAUUUAAAUAUAUUGUGAUCACAUUGUUAAAAAUUUCACAAUGUAUUUUAAAUUACAAGUUUCUUUGCAUAAAUACAUUGUUUUGUUGCAGCAGCUGCUAAAACAGGGGCAAGUACAUAGACCAUGAUCCUUUGCUUCAUUUCAGUGCAGACUACAUGAAGAAAUAACUGUUAUUAAGCACUUUUAAAUCUUUGGUUUGACAGUAAUGAAUCCUCUCAAGGCAUUUUAAGCUGCUAUGAUGCCACCAGACAAAGAGGACACCGAGGAGGGACAUGUUUGUCCUGAGUGCUGUUACUCUCCUCAAACUGCCCGACACUGGAUGUGAUGACUUUACCUGUUGAGCUGCACUGAGACUUUUGUUUGAGCCUUUCUAUUGUUAUUGUAUCUUCCUGCUCUGUGUGCUUUAACUAUCACUCAGGAACAAAUAAAGUGAUUUUGAUUUGCUUUAAAGGUAAAAGUAUCUACAAUUCUGUUAGCUGCUUCAAAACAACAAAAUAAAUAUUGUUACAUCCCUAUCAUUAUUUAAAACAUAUCCAAGACAAUAGAAAUAACAGGCACAUGACAAGAUUUGACACAGGUCGUCAGCGUUCAGACAAGUGUCACGUUGAAGUUCAGCUGUAAAUGUGUUUAUGUGAGAGACAAUCCAGAAGUUGAUGUAUGAUUUUAUGUCUGACAAAUGUAAAUUAUGAACAACUCUAAGCUCAUUCAAAUUGGUUAAAAAUAAAAGUAUUUUUUCAAGACUUUC